AUGAAUCAACCGCAAAUCGGUACCUACAACGUAGGUACACAAUUAACGGUUGGAUCACAUCAGGUCGAAAUCAUCAAAUACCUAACAAGCGGCGGGUUUGCCCAAGUAUAUUCUGCGUUAAUUAGUCCACCUGAUCAUCAUACUAAUUCAAAUAUUGCGUGCUUGAAAAGAGUUAUUGUACCGGAUAAGACUAGUUUGAAUACGUUGAGAGCAGAAGUAGAUGCAAUGAAGUUGUUGAGGAAUAACAGGUACGUUGUGUCUUACAUUGAUUCUCAUGCUGCUAAGGCUACCUUACAUAACGGUUCAUAUGAAGUAUUUGUUUUGAUGGAAUAUUGUGAAAGGGGUGGCCUCAUCGACUUUAUGAACACAAGGUUGCAAAACAGGUUGCAUGAAUCUGAGAUUCUGCAAAUAAUGUGCCAAGUUACUCAAGGAGUUGCUGCUAUGCAUGCGCUUCAACCUCCGUUAAUUCAUCGUGAUAUAAAAAUAGAAAACGUUCUUAUCUCAGCAAACAAUGAGUAUAAACUUUGUGAUUUUGGUUCCGUAUGCGGUGUUAUAAGACCUCCUAGGAAUCCGCAAGAACUAUCAUACGUUAAGCAAGACAUUUUAAAAAAUACAACGGCACAAUAUCGGUCACCAGAAAUGGUUGACAUAUUCCGUGGUCUGCCGAUCGAUGAAAAAUCUGAUAUAUGGGCCCUGGGUAUUUUUCUAUAUAAGCUUUGUUACUACACAACGCCGUUUGAAAAAGGUGGUGAACCAGCCAUAUUAAACGGACAGUUUGAAUUUCCAUUGUACCCAGAUUAUAGUAAGCAGUUGCGGAAUUUGAUAUGUAAAUUACUGGCACAGAAUCCUUCCCAAAGGCCUAACGUUUUCCAGCUAUUAAAGCAAAUAGCAAACAUGCAAAAUGUCCCAUAUCCAAUACAAGACAUACAAGCGGUACAAAGGCCUAGUAAUCAUUUGAAUUUAAUGGAACUCCAUCAAAAUUCUGCCACGCAAAAUAUUCAAAGCUUAAAUUCCCACUCAAUUAUCGAAAAUUCGAUGCCGAACCCAAAAUUCCAAUAUGGUAUGCCUGCUAAUGUAAUUACAACGCAAUCCCUUCCAACUAGAGAAAACUCUCAAGCAUUUAUUAAUGCUUCUUCAAGCAGUUUGGCGAGAAAUUCUUCAAUAUUUGAAACAGGAGUGUGCAAUGCCCCAAACAAUAUUAAUCAGCCCAAUGCGAAUUCCGCGACUAAGUUAAAGCAGGCGAUUGAAUCAGAAGCGCAUAGCUUCAGAGAAAGUGGUCCCAUAAACGUAUCCCUGCGAAACAUAAUUCCUCAAGACGAUGAUUCUUCGUCCUCUUCAGAUGAAUCCUAUACAGGAGGCGUGGAUGAAUUAAAGAAAACUCGAUCUCUAGGUUCUUAUUCCACCCACGAAAACGCUAAGAGAGGAGAGUCUGUCAUGGCAUCUCUUACCUCAUCAAGUACUCCAGGAAGUAGCUCCGCUCCUACACCUGCAAAAAUAAAAUCUAAACACCAAAGUCUACCUGAACCGGCAUUCGUUGGUAUCGUUGACAGUGGCAAAGAUAGUCUUCCGAGUGAUUCAAAUAGGAAUCAACCAGUAAAAGAUGGCGCGAAUGUAUCUAAACAAGAUUUGAAAAACUCUAUUCAACAGCGUAUGAUCAACCUGCUCAGUUCUUCUGAGGAGUCAUUCAACGCUAGAAAGUUGUCCAGAGCGAAGGCAACAAAAGACGAGGGUCCAGGCAGGCUAAUAGCAUCGAUAUCAAGAGCCCCAGUUUUGAAAGAGAAAAAAGCCAAGCCAAUUCCUCCGCCCAAGCCUUUCCACUUAAAACCUAAACCGCCUCUAAAACCAUCGUUUUUAGCGGGUCAAAAAUUAUUUUCAGAGAAAUAA